UUCUACUCGGACGUUCAUUUGAAGUUACAGGCACUGAGUGUUUUGGAGGUAAAUGCUUUCAAGGUGUGGUGUGUGCUGACUUAUUUAAGUGCUUAAAGGUUCUCUGCAAGCUUGACAACAAUGGGAAAAACGAAGGUCGCAGAGGCUGAAGCAGAUGCAAGCCCAGCGCCAAGGCGAAAGUCUCAACGGUUGCAAGAUAAAGAAACUGAAACAAAGCCAGAGCCAAUAAAGAAGACACCUAAGAAUCCAAAGGCUAAGGAGGUGGUUAAGGAUAAACCAGAGCAAAAGAAGGAUGCGGCUAAGGAUGAAAAACAGGAGGAUAGUGCAGAAAAUGGGGAGGCCAAAGUUGAAGAGGCUGCUCCAGAAGAGGAAAAGGAGGAGAAGACCGACGAGGACAAAGCAGACGAGUAGCGUCAACUGAACUCAUCUGCUCGUGCUCUCUCUACCAACAUUAAUGUCAAGUGCACAUGUUUUCAACUGCUAUUUUCUUGGGACAGCAGCAUUUUUUGGGACAUGAAUGCAGAAACACAUUUAAAUCUUUUCCCCCCCUCAUAUGCCUUAUAAUUUCAUGGCUUCUAUGAAGGGAAUGUCUUGGCCUUUGUGUCGUUUUAGUUUCCCUAUGUUUUCUCCCUUUGUCGGUUUGUUUUGCUUUUUAGGCUGUAGUCUUUGUUUCUUUUCUAUCAGAAAUCUGAUGUAAAACUAUAAGUUAACAUGGAAUUUCUCAAGGGAUUUUGUAAACUAUACUCUUUUUAGCGAUAUGUAAAAACAAGAUCCCUACGGUUAUUAAAUCGAAUGUUUGGAUGUCUUUUGGAAUGAUAAUUCUUUUGACUGUAAAAUCAUAAUUUCUGGUCUGAGAAUGCACAGCAUGCUUGCAUUUGUUGCAUCAUAAGAACAUGUGCACAGCUGCUGUUUAAACUUGUGAGUCACAACAACAAAAAUAUGUUGUCAUCUACAGUAGAUGCAUCCAGUAAUGGUACAUUGUUGUUCUUAGCUAUGCUCACUGCUCGCUCACUGUGCUGCCAUUACUUAACAAUAUGUACGCAUUACAAAUUUUGUGGCUAUUAUUGUGACUUUGGGACAUCUCUACCGAUGUACAGGUUUUUUUUUUUUUUUCUUUUUUAAAUGGUUGAUUAAAAAACAUUCUUUUACAUUGUGCAUAUUUUUCAAGUCAAUGUGGUCUUAGUUUUAAGGGUGUAGAAUAGGGAAGUGAAAUACAAUUAUUUGAUUAUCUUUUUGUUCAAGUUAUUUCCAUAUUCUUUUUUUUAUAAACAAGAAUUGGCUAAACUGAUAAAUAUAAGGUACUACAUGACAAGUCAAUAAAAAUAUGAGGCAUGGACUGCAGAAUGUA